CGGAUUUCAUUGCAAUAUCCAAACCGCACAACGUAUCGCUCUCGCACCGGUUGUCCUGUACGCCCAUUGCUAUAUUUACGUGCAUAUCGACGUCUUGCAACUUUCUUCACACGUUUGUUACAACUCGCUGGAACCAUCUCGACCCCACCCACCACCUUAUCUGUUUGCCUCCACGUUUCAAUUGCGACUCCCGUUCAAACUCGCACCCCAACCCGCCAUUGGCCCUCCGUGACGUUCUGCUUGGACCUCUCCGUUCUGAUCGACAGAUCUGAGCAACAAUGUGUGGAAUCUUCUCCUACUGCUCUUACCUCACCGAGCGUGACCGCAAGUAUGUCUGCCAGGUGCUCACCAACGCCCUGGCGCGUAUGGAGUACCGUGGUUACGACUCUGCCGGUAUCGGAGUCGAUGGCGACUCGCCCACGGACCCCUUCCUUCUCUUCAAGGCCGUCGGCAAGGUCGCUGCGCUCAAGCAGCUCGUCGACUCGGCGGUCCCCACCCCGGCCCCUGGCACUGCCCAGACCGACAAGCAGGUCGACAUGACCAAGGUCUUCCUGAGCCAGACCUCGAUGGCCCACACCCGUUGGGCCACGCACGGUGUCCCCAGCACCGACAACUGCCACCCCCACGUGUCGGACCCCCUCACCGAGUUCUCGGUUGUCCACAACGGUAUCAUCACCAACUACAAGGAGCUCAAGCUCGUCCUCCAGAAGCGCGGCUACAAGUUCCGCACCGACACGGACACUGAGGCCGUUGCCAUGCUCUGCAAGUAUGUCUACGACAGCCAGCCCAACAAGCGCCUCAACUUCCAGUCGCUCAUCAAGACUGUCCUCAAGGAGCUCGAGGGUUCGUUUGCCUUCGUCUUCAAGUCGACCCACUUCCCCGACGAGAUUGUCGCUGCCCGUCGUGGUUCGCCCCUUCUCAUUGGUGUCAAGACUGAGCGCAAGCUCAAGGUCGACUUUGUCGACGUCGAGCUCCCCAACGAGGAGAACAUCACCGCCACUGCCUCUGACGGUGCCGGCCUCCUCGCCGUCCCCGGCGCCAACGGCCCCGGCCCCAAGCUCCGCCGCCAGCAGUCGCGUGCUUUCCUCUCCGAGGACGGCAUGCCCCAGCCCAUCGAGUUCUUCGUGGCCUCGGACCCCGCUGCCGUCAUCGAGCACACCAAGCGUGUCCUCUACCUCGAGGACGACGACAUUGCCCACAUCGCCGAGGGUGAGCUCCACAUCCACCGCCUCCGCCGUGACGACGGUGUCUCGUCGGUCCGUGCCAUCGAGACGCUCGAGAUUGAGCUCGCCGAGAUCAUGAAGGGCCAGUACGACCACUUCAUGCAGAAGGAGAUCUACGAGCAGCCCGAGUCGGUUGUCAACACCAUGCGUGGCCGUGUCAACUUUGACACUGGAACCAUCACCCUUGGUGGCCUCAAGGCGUACCUCCCCGUCAUCCGCCGUGGUCGCCGCCUGUUGUUCGUCGCCUGUGGUACCUCGUACCACUCGUGUAUCGCCGUCCGCCCCGUCUUUGAGGAGCUUACCGAGAUCCCCGUCUCGGUCGAGCUCGCCUCGGACUUCCUGGACCGCCGCACGCCCGUGUUCCGUGACGACAUUGCCAUCUUUGUCUCGCAGUCGGGUGAGACUGCCGACACCAUCCUUGCCAUGCGCUACUGCCUUGAGCGUGGCGCUCUCUGCCUCGGUGUCGUCAACGUUGUCGGCUCGACCCUCUCGCGUGAGACGCACUCGGGUAUCCACAUCAACGCUGGCCCCGAGAUUGGUGUCGCCUCGACCAAGGCCUACACCUCGCAGUACAUUGCUCUCGUCAUGAUGGCUGUCCAGCUGUCCGACGACUCAAUCUCCAAGGCCGAGCGCCGCCAGCAGAUUAUUGCUGCGCUCCACGACAUUCCCUCGCAGAUCAAGACUGUCCUUUCUCUUGACAAGUCGCUCCAGCAGCUUGCCAAGGACACCCUUGCCAAGGAGAAGUCGCUCCUUAUCAUGGGCCGUGGCUACCAGUUUGCCACGUGUCUCGAGGGUGCUCUCAAGAUCAAGGAGGUUUCGUACAUGCACUCUGAGGGUAUCCUCGCCGGUGAGCUCAAGCACGGCCCUCUUGCUCUUGUCGACGAGCACCUCCCCGUCAUCUUCAUCAUGACUCAGGACUCGCUCUACCCCAAGACGCAGUCUGCUCUUGCCCAGGUUACCGCUCGCAAGGGCCAGCCUAUUAUCAUCUGCAACGAGGAGGACAAGAGCGUCAACGACACGCACAAGGUUAUCCGCGUUCCCCGCACUAUCGACUGUCUCCAGGGUAUCAUCAACGUGGUCGUCCUCCAAUGUAUCUCGUACCAUCUCGCCAUCCUCAACGGCAUCGACGUCGACUUCCCCCGCAACCUCGCCAAGUCGGUUACGACCGAGUAAGCGGUGGGCCGCCAAGCGACGCCGACGCGCGCGAAAAGUGUCGCGAGCCGACGGGUCGAGACCGCACACAUUCAUGGAUAAUGACCGCAUUGAUUCUCCGUAUGUAAUCAUGAUAUUUCAG